CCGUGGUCGAUGCAGGAGGUGUGUUCCGCAGCUGCUCGCUCUCUCCCAAGCAACGUCGUCGUCGUGUUUUCCGUGCGUUUUCGCGUAGUCGUCGGCAAAGCGCAUCCCGCGUCACGGUGCUCACGGUGCUCAAUUAUCGAUUAGCUCAAUCAAUCAACAAAUGGUGUAGAAGAGAAGGUGGUAGUGAUUGCUGUGCGUGUGUGUGUGCAGUGAGUGUUCUUUCUCUGCGAAAGUGAUAAAUCCGGGUGUAAUUACUAGUGGUAGAGGAGGAGUAGGAGGUGCAACCGUCUCUAGGACAGUCCAAUCUGUCCCGCGGUUGCCUCGCAACGUGUGAGAAAAGAGGAGAAAAAGUGAAGUUCAAACAACCGGGCAAGGCAGUUCGCGGCCGAGCAAAGAAGGCCGGUCAAAAAGCCGUCGGCUAAGAAGAGAGUGUUUACGGUCGGUGCCGUCGGUACUUCGUCGGUAGAUUACUUGGAGUGUUCGCGGUCUGGUGUGUCACCCUCUAGUACCACCAGCCGGUGUGUGCAAUUCAACCCUACUUCCCAAAACCGUUGUUUCGUGCCUCGAGUGUGUGAGAGUGUGUGGUCUGGUUUGGUGAUUUUGGUUCCAGCAUCAUCGCGCAGCCAGCGGAAGAACCCGCGGCGGCAUCUGGUCGGUGAAAGAUGUAUCCGAAUGCUGGCAUUAAUGCGGCUGCGGUUGCGGCCCGUCAUCCGGGCCCACCACAGUCUGCACAGCCGUUCAAGUUUACCAUAACAGAAAACUGUGAUAGGAUAAAGGAAGAGUUCAACUUUCUUCAGGCACAAUAUCAUAACCUCAAAAUGGAAUGUGAAAAGCUAGCUCAGGAAAAAACGGAAAUGCAGCGACACUACGUUAUGUACUACGAAAUGUCUUACGGUCUCAACGUGGAAAUGCACAAACAGACGGAAAUUUCGAAAAGACUUAACGCCAUCAUCACGCAGAUCGUACCGUUCCUUUCCCAGGAGCACCAACAGCAAGUGCUGACGGCGGUGGAACGAGCGAAGCAAAUUACCAUGUCGGAGCUGAAUGCCGUCAUUGGGCAACAACAGCGACCCGAUUUACCUCGCUUGCUGCAGCAGAUGCACGCCCAGCAGAUACCGGGUGCACACGGUGCACCACCGAUUCCGGUCGGUAUGCCGCAUCCUAGCCUGGGACCGGGAGCGCUUGGAGGACCGCUGGCGCUGGGCAGCACACCACCGCAGCAUCCGUUGGCGAUUCUCAACAAACAGGAACUCCACCGACCGGAGGAAUCGAAGAGCAGUAACAGCAACAUUAUGCCGCUCGACGAUCGACACCGUAGCUCCAUCUCGCCCAAUGAUCGUGACAAGUAUCGUCCCCGAACACCCGAGUCCACCCAUGAGCUGAAGAAGGUCAAGAAGGAGGAGAAGGAUAUGGGACAUUCUGAUGGUGAAAAAUCGGAUCAGGACCUUGUCGUCGACGAUGCUUCCGAAAUCAAUCCCAUGAGUCCAAUGCCCAACCAACAUCACAAUGGAACGGCUUCACCUCGCGAAAAUGGUAUGAUGCAGAAGAAACUGGACGUUCAGGAUCGGGAUCGCAUUGGAACACAUUCGCCACGAUCAGGUACCUCCUCGAAUGCCUCAACACCGUCGAACAAAAAACUGGACGAUAAACCCACGACCCCGAUCGCCAAACCGGCCACACCAACCAAUUCGGUUGCCAGCAAUGGUGUACCGAAGGGUGUCGUUAACAAACCGCCAGUGCUUAAUCCCGGGUAUCCUCCUUAUCUCGCCGGUCCGUUGAAUGGAGCACCACAUGAUCUGCAGGCAGCGGCCGCAGCAGCAGCAGCGUACGGUGGUCCCGGAGUGCACAAUAAUCUACCCCAUUCGCUCAACAACUACGCCCGGGCGCCACUAGCGUUCGAUCCGCACUCGCAGAUGCGAGCUCCACUAGGGCCAAUCGGGAUACCUGGCGGAAAACCCGCGUAUUCGUUUCAUGUAAACUCCGAAGGGCAAAUGCAACCGGUGCCAUUCCCGCAGGAUGCUCUACUCGCUCCUGGCAUUCCACGACACGCACGUCAGAUCAGCUCGCUUAACCACGGUGAAGUGGUGUGUGCCGUGACGAUCUCCAACCCGACCAAAUACGUCUACACCGGUGGUAAGGGGUGUGUGAAGGCCUGGGAUAUCUCACAGCCGGGCAACAAGAGUCCCGUAUCGCAGCUGGAUUGUUUGCAACGAGACAACUACAUCCGAUCGGUGAAGCUACUGCCGGACGGUCGAACGUUGAUUGUGGGCGGUGAGGCGUCAAACCUUUCGAUCUGGGAUCUGGCCAGCCCCACCCCAAGAAUUAAGGCCGAACUCACCUCGAAUGCUCCCGCCUGCUAUGCGCUUGCCAUCUCACCCGACUCGAAGGUGUGCUUCUCUUGCUGUUCCGAUGGUAACAUUGCCGUUUGGGAUCUUCAGAAUCAGACGCUGGUGCGACAGUUCCAAGGACACACGGACGGAGCAUCGUGUAUCGACAUCAG